CCUGGGCCGUCUGGGGUGUUGCCGAUGCCCACAAGACUCGCACCACCGCCAUAGUGUCCGAGUCAGUCAUCGCGAGUGCAUCUGCUCAUGUGCACACAUAUUGCAUCGUCUGAUUCGGGGAGGUGACGCUACCGGCACAAAUCCCCUGACCGAGGCCGCCUCAUCUGCCGAGCGGGCCCUCUCGAUCCGCAUCCAUUGCUUUACCAGCGAGCCCAACAGUCGCAGCACCUGGCAGAACCACUUGUCCAGCAUGUCGACCUUCGACGAGAUCCGGCUGGUGUACCAAGUACUGAUGGUCGUGUUGAGUGUGAUAUUUAUCGUCAACACGAUAGUCUUUGUGCUCUUGAGGAAUAACUGCCACAUCAAGUCGCGAGGUCCAUUCAUGGUUCUACUUUCUGAAACCUGUGGGUAUAUUGGUAUGAUGGCAACGAUGGCUAUCAUAGCCCUCCCGCAAAUCAACUGCAUUGUGGUCGUGUGGAUAAUGAGCACCAGCUUGACAGGGUUCCUGAGUUCGCUACUAGGCCGCAGUCUAGGCCUGAUCACCAAGGCAUACGUAAACUAUCUCGGACACCAAAACUGCAUGGACAACCUGAGUUCCAGCACCUCGAUGCAUUCCAUCGCCAGCCUGAAUGAAUUGGCAAAGAAGGCGGCGUCAUGGAAGACAUCGCUUGCCAUCAUCGUCAUAUCAUAUGUGAUCCUCAUCCCCUUCCAGUACUACAUGCUCGCAUCUGCACCUCCAGACCUGACUACGCUCGAAGUCUGCGCGCUGCUCAGAUCAAGCCUGCCGGGGUUCGUCAGCAUCUUUGUCUACUCCUACGUCCUGUUUCCGCUGGCGUUGUGGAUGAUGUUCAAGCUCAAAAUCAGCCAUCCCAUCCGACUCGAGAUCAUUGUAUCGGCUGUCGCACUCAUGCUAUCAGCAGCCAUGUCAUUGAUAUGGGGAUCUGUUGUCGCUAAACUAGCCCCAGUCGCAACGUUAUACUUUCAGCAGAUCAACUGGAUAAUCAUAGCUGGGCUGAUCAUCUGGGGGAUCAACAUGGCAAUGCCGACCAUCAGGGCUCUGAGAUCUCAGCAGAGACGCUGCAGUAAUUGCGAAGUCGGGUUUAUGGACUGCAUGACGGACAGAAAGUUGUUUGAGCUCAUGGUCCAGGUUUCUUACGAGCUCUUGUCGAUGGAGAACACAUCCUUUGUCACUGCACUGAAGCGUCUCAGGCGGAAGGCAAAACGGCCCCACAGCACAAUCUGCUCGUCCCGCAGUCCGACAAGUACCCAGGUUCAUCUUGACUCAACCAGCACCGAGCACGUCCGGGCGUGGCAGAUGGAAGCGCACACGAUCUACACAAACUAUGUCAAGCCCGGGGCCACAUACGAGCUGAAUCUCACCGACGAAGUGCGCCGGAAGCUCACGAAAUUGUUUGAAACCGAAGGGGAGACGAUCCCUGAGGAUUGCUUCGAUGAGGCCGAGCGCGAGGUCCACGAGAUCCUCAUCUCCAACAUUUAUCCAGUUGUGAUACAAAAGCUAAAGAGCCAGCAGUAAAGUAUGCGGCACAGGGCCCCUUUGCACAAGUUUGGAGGCGAUGAUUUCAUCGUAUCUGGUGGAUCGGAUGAUGCUCGAGCGAUACACCAACGAACCAGCCUCGCCGGCUCGCAGAGAUUACAACUGGGUACAUUGCCUCGUAGCAUUUUUUCGAAUGGAAAUGCACACCCUUCAUC